CCCGAUUUUGCUGCAUCUCAGGUGGGUUUUUCUUGUGUUUAUUUUUGUCAAUUUCACCUUUUGUUUAUAAACAAAUCCACCUGAUAAGCGACAUGUUCAUUUACUAUGCGUAUAUCCAUUCGAUAGGCAAUGAUCAAAGUUGACAAUUAUCGGGCUGUUUGAUGCAAAAAGAACCCUGUGUAUUGGAAAACCAUAGGUAGACUAUGUAUAUAUAGAGGCCAUGUGGAGGUGAAGAAGAAAAUUAAAGGAAUAAUAUACCGGGACAUGUCAACACAGAGCAUAGCUGUGCAAUGGCAUUCUUCAAUUUACCGGUAACUGAAUUGCAUGAUUCAUUAAAAAGUCAUUAACUGAGAAAAAGGGGAAUGUAAAUGACUUGAGAUAUAUACACACAAAUGAAACUACAUGUAUUGAAGUGUCAGAUAGUGAUCAACAGUUGGUAACACGUGAAAACUAUAAUGAGAAGUGAAAGCAAAGUCUUAAAGAACUUGGAACUAAAGGAAGAAUUGACAAGAAAAUAUUUUAAAGAUUGUUUCCAGUAACAUUGGUACACACUUUGUGAACGAUCAUUGAAAUAUUUGGAGAGACAAAACUUUAGAAGUGAUGCUAUGAAAUAAUAAGACAUGUCACAUGUAUAUAGUGAUUUUAAUUAUUGAUAUGCUAUGUUAUGCUUGUUUAUGGAAUUCUAAAGUGAAUACUUUUCUAUCAUUUAGUAUUUAGCUUUUAUGCCCUAUUCGCUUAAGAAUUAUGAUUUUUUUAUCAAUUAACUAUUAUUUGUAAAUUGACUUGGGCAUCUGUUAUGUAAAAUACAUUUCAUAAAUGAUAAUUUUUAUUGAAAUUUCCAUUCCACGAACUUCAAUGAUACAUUAUUGUUUAAUCUCGAGAAACUGAUUUUGAUCUGAGUCUGUUUUGCAUUUGAUCUGACCAUCCUUGAUGCAUUAUUAAUUUAUUUUAUGUAAAUUUUUACAGUAUAAGAGUAAUAUAGUACCUAUUUUCUACAAUUUUAAGGUACAAAAUUAACUCUAAGCCUAAAAAUAAAAAUAAAGGAAGAUACAUUUUUCUGCUGAUAAUAAGAAGCAAAAGUUAUUAUUGCUUAAUUUGAUAAAUACAUAGUAUAAGAAAAUGAAAUAAGAUGACAGCAAACAUUUGAUUGGCUCUGAGGGCUGUUUAAAAAUGUUACCUUAAAAUGAUUGGCUUGAGAAAUAAAUCUCAUACAAACUCAUACAAAUCCUUUAAGUAACAUGGAAAGAGUAAUUAACCUUAAGUUUGAUAAAUCCACAGAAUUUUAAAAGAGGUAUGAGUGAACCGAGUGAGGAUAACUGUGUUCCUAAUGCACAUCCUAGUGAAAGUUUGUCAGAAGAUGUUAACCAUCCUUCCUUUGAGGAUGUUGAUGGCAACACAAUGGAUGUAGAAGAUAAGGUUACAAUACAAACACAUGACUCACUUCUUCCCUCAACUAAUAUGAAGGAAGAUAAUUUUCUGAGAACACCUGAAAAGUGCAAAGAAAAAAACAAAAAUAUUGAUGCAGAACGGAAUCUUAAUUGGGAAGUGAACUCCAGUUAUUUUGUUGGGAGUCGUUUUCAAGUAAUAUGUGAAAGUGAAAAAGACAUGACAGCAGUUAAGAAUGAAGAUGAUAAUUUUAAUGCAGGGACCAACAAUGCUGAUUAUGUUCCUAAAGGGAAUAAUAAGGAUGGCACUAGAGAGGAAGUAAUUAGCACUUACAAUUAUGUUGUUGAGAUUGAUGCUGAUUGUGUUAAACGUAAAAGUGCUAAUAGUGCUAAAGGUGAUGAACACUCUGAAAUUCAAGGCCAAAUUUCCUUCCAUAUAAAUCAACCAAGUGUUUUAGAAAGGUCUGAAAAUAUUUUUAAAGAAGAAAGAAAAUUCACAGAAAUGAAUACUAAUGAACAUGUAUCCACUAUGGAAACCAAAGAGAAAGCUGACAAUUUAAGAUCUGAGAGGCUGGAGGAAUCUCAUGAAAGUAAAUCUCAAAUGGCUUUAAAGAGGAAGUUGUGUGAUAAAACUUGUGAAAAAAUUGAACAGUCUGAUUGUAGGCUUGAAGUAAAAAAAUCAAGAAAGCAGUCAGUACCAAAGCGUCUCAUUAAAACAAUGUCAGAUCCUGAUGGGGAGGAAGGAAUUCAGAUGCUUAUAGAAAAUAUGGCUGUGAAGGAAAAUCACAAACAGUUAUGUGCAAUUGAAAAAAUUGAAAAGGCAGCUUCAAAUGAAGAAGCAUGCCCAAAUGAAAAAUCUGAGAAAUCCAGAAAACAAGUAUACCCGAAAAGAAUUUUAAUAGAACAAGAUGUGGAUCAGACAGAUGGAAGACUGUAUGAAUCUUUUGAGAAAUCUGAGGAUAUGAUUACUGAAGUUAGUGCAGCAGAAAUUGAAAAUCAAGAGUUGGAAAAUUUGAACAGUGAACCAAAUGAUUUAGGGGAAAAUUGUGAAAAAGAGAUUGAACCAGAUUUUGAUUAUGAAAUGCUUAAUUUUAAAACGGCUGCUGUGCCUGAUUUUGAGAAACAAUUGUUUGCACUUGGUUGCUCAGCCGAUAAUAUUGACCUUCUUUCAAAGUUUUCUCCAUCAAUGCUGAAAUCAACUCUUCAGGCAAAUAUGGCCAGCCCGUUGGCAGCAGAGUUACAAAACAUGGAAUACAUUCGACAGAUGAGGGAGGUCAGGACUAGUAGGUACCGCAAAAUUUCUAUUGCAGAGAAGCGUGAAAUUUCAGACUACGCCAAAGAAAAUGGAGUAAGUGUGGCAGCCAAUUUCUUUAAUGUCUCCAAAUCUGCAGUGUCAAUGUGGAGCAGGACUGACUUUGAUGAAGUUGAAAGGGUUCACUUUAACCGAAAACGGAAUUGCAUGCUGGGAAAUGAAAAAUUUGAAGCCCUCUGUGCCAGAGUUCGGCUUCAGAAAGAAAACAAGUUUAGGGAUUUAAGUAAGCAAGAUAAGAUUGAAGCCUCUAGAUACGCAAAGUUGGUUGGGGUGCGUGAAAUGGCUAGGUGCCUGGAUGUUGCACUGGGAACUAUUUCUGGUUGGAUGAGACAGUUUCCCUAUGUGGUGAAGGCUGAUCUGUUGGAAGAAAGUAGUUCACAGGAGAAUUCAAGAGAAAGUAUUUCUUAUGAUGGGGAUGCUACAAAUAUUGCUGAAAAUAGUUUAGAAGAAAAUUCCUUUGAUAGUGACUGUUGUGAAGAUCUUGGACUAAAUGAAAUUAGUUCUUUUGAGUGUGCAAUGACAGAAAGUAGUUCUGAUAAUGUUGGUUUGACUGGGAAUAAGCGUAAACGAAAGAGUGCCAAGGCAAAAAAUCUUGCUAGGACUGUAAAUGGUAACAUGACAAAUACAUUUGGGAGUAAUCUGGAUAAGAAACUUACAAGUUCUGAUGAAAAAGUAGAAAUAAUCAAACCAAAGAAAAGGAAAAGUUCAGCAAGCAGUACAUCUGUAAGCCAAGAAGAAAAUGUGUUGGGAGAAAAUCAUGGAAAUUUGAUGCAUGUGAGAAACUUUGACGACAAUGAUAUUGCUAAGGAUGCUCUGGACAAUGGUGUUGAACAAGAAGAAGGUCUUUUAAAUUUGCCGACACAUCUUCAAGAAGAAGAUCUGGAUCAGUUAAUUGCUGACACCCUUUAUAAGGAGCCUGAUGUUGAUGCACUUUAUGAAGACAAGAAGGAUUUGAUGUCUGGAACUGAACUGGAGGGAGAUGAACACUUCAAAGAACUAUUUACAAGAGUUAUAAAGUGUCGCAGUCAGAAAUACAAAAAUCUGUCGCCCAGAGAUAAAAUGGAUGUGUGUCUGUAUGGUAAACGCUCCGGGGUACGACGGGUGGGCAAGGUUUUAGGACUUGCUACUGGUACUUUAUCAGGAUGGAAUACAAAGUAUCAGGUGUUUUUGAAUGACCCCAAUAGUGCAACAAGGGUAAGGGACCCUGCGGUAAAUUACGGAAAACUGAGUGUCUCUGAUAUAUGUCAACAGAUAAUAGAUAAUGACAUGUCACUCGAUGGGAACGUCCAAGCGGGAUCCAGUACCCAAAAGUCUGACUUUGACCUCAGCGAUAUUGAAUCUGCAGAGGUAUCAGCUGUGAAAUGUCUUUUUAAGGAAAAAUACUCAGAAAUAAAGAAAACAGUAGAAGUUGCAAGGACGAUGAAGUUUAAAAACAUGACUUCAGAACAAAAAAUUGAAAUUGUUAAAUGCGCAAAAUUAAUCGGGAUACGCCCAACAGCUCGAGUGUUGAAUGUUCCGAUUGGGACUUUGUCUGGAUGGAUUUCUAAAUAUAGCGGUGACCUACAUCCAAUAUACAACAUGGAGAAGAGCCUCUCCUAUGGGGAUUUGAAUUCCAGUCUUAAUCCAAGCUGGCCAUAUUUGUUUAAGGACCCAGGUGGCUUCUUGCCGACAAUGGUUCCUUCAGGACUAUUUAGUUCUAUCAGUCAGUCAGAAGAACAUUCACUUGAAGAAUCUGCAGAUUUUGGUAGUGAUUCUGUGAUCAAUUCCAAUUCAGCGAAUGAUAUGUCAAAUUCCAUGAACUUUGAAUAAUUUUGAAUUGAAUUAUUUGUGAAUUCAAUCAUGACCUCUCCAAUAGUUGGAAUUCUAAUAUCUUGUUCUUGAAAGCAAAUUUAUGGAAUGACUUAAAUGUAAUGUCAGCAGCAUCUUAAAAUUGCUUAGCUUUUUUGUUAUUUAAUAAACAUGUUAAUACAUGUACUUAGUUCUACAGUAAAAGUUGUUUUGUUUGAAUCUCAUUCAGUAUAAGAUCUGUUUUUGUAUUGGAUAAGGGACGACAAUAGUUUUUGUGAAGCUGCUUUUCGGGUACAUUCCAGCAUGAGGGAAAAGUUAUUACAUCAAUUUAAAAUACUUUUACAUAUUGUGAUUUUUUUUCUAAAAUAAUGCUUGAACCAGAAGAGCAUUGAAUAAAAUGUGAAUUCAGCUUUCUUUUUAUUUUCAUCCUACUUUGCUUCCAAUUUAUGGUGUUGUAAUUUGUUAAUAAAUUAAAAGGUCAUUUAAUAUUGUCAAUGUAAAUGUAAACAAUCAUAUCCUUUCUUGAAACCAAUAAAAAAAAUAUAUGUAUGAAAUGCGCAACACAGUUUAAAGUUAAAUCAAUUUUUUUUUUCUCAAUUUAAUAUAAGUGCUAUUUAUUGUUUUUCUGUAAAUGGUUGUCAUUGUUGGUGCACAGAGGUAAUCAUGUUGACUCCAUAUUUGUCAAAUUUGUGACAACAUAAUUUAAUACAAGUUAUCAGUCAUUGAAUGAUGUACUUAAUACUAAAAUGUGAACACUUCAGUUUAACAAAGAAUGAUCCAUAAUAAAAGAUGUUGAUUAUGGAGAUUUUAGACUGCAGUGAGUAAAAUUUACCUUUCUUAUAGGUGGUACUUUUUCAAUGAUACAAAAGUGGCAAACAUGGUGCACAAUUCAUGUACAAUAAAGUUUUAUUUGUCAUACGUCUUAUGUUUUAUUGUCAUGCUUUUUGCACAUAUUUUUUUUAUACACAUCCUGUUAAAGUCAAUUUGUUUAUGAAUUUGUGUUCAUGUCAAUGGCUAGAUGUUGUUAUUGUGCAUUAUUUUGUAAUGUGAGUAGAUAUGAGGCAAGAUUAAAAUCUUCAAUUAUG